AUGAGGAUAACAUGGAUUUUAUUAUUCUGCUGUGUGGCCAUGGCUACCGGCUUUAGCAGAGGUCGUGGCGGUGGUGGUAGCGGUUCAAGGUCUGGUAUGCGAUCUGUUGUACGUGCUCCAUCACGACCUGCGUUUAAAGCACCGCCGAGGUCAAUAUCAAGACCUGCGAUAAGAGUGGCUCCGAAGCCAGUAGUAAGGCAUGCACCAAAACCAGUUGUGAGGGUGGCUCCGAAGCCAGUUGUAAGGUCUGCGCCAAAACCAGUAGUAAGGCAUAUCGCACCAAAGCCAGUAAUAAAAACGGUUCCGAAACCUAUAGCAAAACCUGCCCCAAAGCCAAUUGCUAAACCUAUAGCAAAACCAGUUACGAAGCCAAUAGUAAAAGCUGAACCAAAGCCAGUUGUCAAGGUGGCUCCGAAGCCAGUCGUAAAACCUGCACCAAAACCAGUAAAACUUGCACCAAAGGCAGUGGUAAAACCUGCGCCAAAGCCAGUAAAACCUGCCCCAAAGCCAGCUCCGAAGCCAAUAACAAAACCUAUGGUAAAAGCUAAUCCGAAACCAAUAGUAAAACCUGCACCAAAGCCUGUUGUCAAGGCCCCUGUUAAACCAGCUGUGAAACCUGCACCAAAGCCAGUGGCUAAACCAAUUGUUAAGGCACCUCCUCCCAAGACACCCGCUAAGCCUCUUGCAAAAUCACCAGUAGUUGCCAAGCCAGUGGUGAAACCCGUUACUGCCCCAAAACCUGUUGCAAAGCCUGCCGUAACUAAACCCGUGAAUACACCAGCUAAACCUGUCGCCCCGCCGAAGGUACCAGUUUCGAAUAAUAAACCGAAUACUGCUGUUAAGACCCCAACAAACCCAUCCAAACCCGCAACAACACCUAGCAAAGUUGAUCCCAAACUAAGUGGAACGAUAAAAAUCGAACAACCGAUUUCACCCAAACAACCGGCCAACCUUAAUAUCGAUGCCAAAAAGAAUUUGUGGGAAAGUAAAAAUAAACAACAUUCCUUGGAUGCCACAGUGAAUGUCAACAAAGCCCUCGUUGGAGGUUCUAAGGGGAAACCCGAUGUGACAGUGGGUGGCCAGUAUACCUAUAAUACCGACAAGACCCAAAUCCAAGCAACUGCCAGCGGUAAACCCCACCAGGGUGUUGAUCUCAAUGUUCAGGGCAAACAAAAUAUUUGGCAAAGUGCAAAUCAAAAACAUUCACUGGAUGUUAGUGGCGAUGCUUCAAAACAUUUGGGUGGUCCAUUGGGUAAUACCAAGACAGAUGUUACGCUGGGUGGCCAGUAUAGUUUUAACACGGAUAAGACCCAAAUAACGGCUGGUAUCAAGGGUAAACCGGGUCAGGGUAUUGAUACGAGUAUCAGUGGCCAACAAAAUAUUUGGGAAAGUGCCAAUAAACGUCACUCGGUUGAUGUCAAUGCUGAGGCUUCGAAACAUUUGGGCGGACCCCAGGGCAAUGAAAAGACCCAAGUUAAUUUGGGAGCCCAGUAUACCUAUCAAAAUCCUAAGACCCAAAUAACCGCCGGUGUAAACGGUUCACCUGGCCAGGGUGCCCAAGUUAGCGUGGAUGCCCGCCACAAUUUGUGGCAAAAUGACAAGGGCAAUACUAAAAUCGAUGUCACCGGUGGUGUAUCGAAACAAAUCAGUGGUCCAAAUGCCAAUGCAAAUCCAAAUGCCAAUGUUGGCAUCGAAAUAUCGCAUGAUUUUUAAAAU